AUGAAGUUAUAUGAAUUUUUAGAUAUACACAAAAAUUAUAACAAAUUAAUCAAUUUCUUAAUUGCACGAAAAAAACGUCUUAGUGGACGAUGGAUUUUUGGCGACGUUGAACUAACAACUAGACGUUUAUUCAUUGAACCAGUUCCGGAUAGGUCCGAGCCUUUACUCCGUAUAAUUAGAAAAUGGACUAAACCUGGUUCUACAGUUAUAUCAGAUCGAUGGAAAUCUUGUAAUUGCCUCGAUGAAGAAGGAUGUAAACAUUUAACUGGGAACCACAGGAUGAAUUUCAUCGAUCUAGAUAGUACACAUACUCCAAACAUCGAACGUUGUUGGCGCGAAAGAAGAGCCAAUGUUCCACGAUGUGGAAUCCGGAAAGAGCAUUAUAUGUAUAUUGCUGAAUGUUUGGGAAGUAUGAUUUCAGUAUAA